AUGAGACCGACGAUUGUGAGACCAGAUGUGGCUGCUAUCGGUCGGUAUUUUGACCAGCAGUUGGACCUUCUGAAGGAGAAGGACAAGACGAGUUAUGAGGAGGGAAAACAACUGAAACGACUGAUGAUUGGAGGUUACCUCAAUCUGAUCUACAUGCAAUGUGACAUGUCCUAUUCCGAGUGGGCUGGAUACAUGAUGGUCGCUGUGGCUAAAUGUGGAGGACUGGUGCUGAAGAUGAAUCUCAUGCGACACACUUUCGAUCUCAUAUACUCCCUUUACUGUGGGUUCGCUGGGGAUACUUUAGGGAGAGAUGAACGCCUCAAAAAGUACAAAUCCAAGUAUGGAAGCAGCAAAACCACCUAUAAAGACGCCAACGAUAUUGCUACGGACUUCAGCAACUCGUGGGGGGAACUCAACGACAUUUAUCUUGGCUGGAAAUGCGAAAUGGAUACGCGUGACAUAGUCGCCAUGAUUGAGGCUAUCAAUCUUCCAGAAUGUGGUUUCGAUGGGCCCCCAGAACUCGAGAGACCAGAAUUGGAUCCCGCUACUCUUGCUACUGAGAAUUACAUCAUUUCAUACCUGUGGAAGGCUGCCCUUACAACCUAUGCCAGACUCAAGUAUUACGGUCUGGAUCUAUGGGACUACGAUGUGGUCUUCCAGAACCAAUCGCCUCCGUUCCCCGCCUGCGUUUUCUUCGACCUGCUAAACAGGUAUGAACAAUACUGCGGUUGGAUGCCUGUGGGGAAUGUCGGUUUGUUUGAUACCGCUUGUGUGACUGAAGAUUUAGUGAAAGAGAGUUCAAUGGGCCUUCACUGUCAUAUCAGCGGGUGUGGAAUCCCCCGAGCCCGGUCUUGCACCUGGAGCAGAGAGUUUUUGGAGGGAAGAAUGGAUCAUCACCGAGGGGUGGCAGAACCUCGGCUCAAAGAGGGCAAGCUGUAUGUUAGCGACAUGGCGGACUUUGACCCUGUCAAUGAGUUCACUGAGAUGAAUGAAAUCAAAUCAUUGGGUACAAAAUACAACCCUGAGAUAGCGGAGUACAUUGCCAACAGUUUUUAUGACUACCGAGUUAUGAAUCCCCAUCUCUUCUCGAGCAAUGCCGACAGGUACAUCGGAAUGACUCUUUUCAAUGCCGACGACGAGGACGAGGAUCUUAUACGUGAUUUGGAGGAGACUCGCUUGUAUGGAGCCCAAGAUUUUCUGAAACUCAUCAAGAGCGACUUCAACGGAAUCAAGACAUGCAUAGUCAAGAGAAAAUUCGAGAAACCGGCUGAGAUACCCUUUCUUGGAGACAUUAAAAGGCUUCAGCAGAUCAAGGAGUUUGGUUUUUUCAAGGAAAUUCUUACAUCAGGCCCAGAAAAUGUCAGAGGAGGACUGUUCGUACAGGCAUGCAUUGACUAUGCCAACAACUUUGAUCCGCUUGUCCCCGACCCCAAUAAAGAUGCCUGGGUGGAAUGGACCGUGAUUGAUAUGAGUGGAAAUGAGGGAAUGCUAAUCAACGACAAGAAACUUUUCAUUCCUGGCACAUUGGUGGAAAAUUCAGUCCAUGACGCACACAUUGAACAACUUUACAAAGUGAGGGCUGAGGGAAGCGUUUGCUACGGAUACAACUGCUACGGUCAAGCCCUCGUUGCUCCCGCCUUAUAUUGCGAAGGUUGUCCUUACAAUGCCCUGUCUGCCACAUCCUACAACCUCAUUAGGGAAGCUGUCAAGAAAGACCCUGUGACCAGCAUUGUGCGUCUACCGCUUCUGACCUUAUCAGAACACACAUUGGCCAUGGUUUGGAGAGGUCGUGAGCUUCCGAAUCUGGACAUUUCAUAUUGGCAUAAGGCUCUGGGUCAUGUGAGUCUUAGGGCUCUCAAGAGAUACAUGCGGAUCAUCCAGGGUAUGCCUCCGUAUUUUUGGCCGUACACUAUCUACUGUGAUGAGUGUUUUAAGUGUGAGAAGGGUGAGUCGUCGUAG